AUGUCUACAUUCGAGGGUGUCUUUGUCAAUGAUCCAUGGCUUCAGAGCCAAUUCACACAAGUGGAGCUUCGUAAACUUAGAACCAAAUUUAUUUCAGCAAGAAAUCAAGCCGGCACAGUCAAAAUAGAAGAUUUACCGCCAGUUUUGGCAAAAUUAAAGCCCUUCAAUGAAGUAUCAGGCCAAGAUGAGGUCUCACGCAUGUUAGGCGACUCUUAUAGUGAUUUGGCAAAAGAUUUGGAUUUUGAGGGCUUCCUUCGGGUAUAUUUAAAUUUACAAGCUCGAGCAAGUGCAAAAUUGGGGACUUCAAAAACUUUCAGAACUACUUCAUCUUUUUUCAAGUCCGGUGCAACCACCCUUCGCCAUAGCAUUAGUGAGACAGAAAAAGCUUCAUAUGUUAAAUCUUAG